AUGACGACCAGCCUGCCGGAGGAGCUACACCUCGAAAUCCUGAAGCGCCUGUUGCCGAGCCCCCAGGUGCUCGCCCGCGCAUCCGCCGUCUGCAAGGAGUGGCAUCGCGUCGUGAACGACCCUGUGUUCCUCCAUGAGCUCUACCGUGCGCGCGGCGGGGCACCAGUCACCCUCGGCUUCUUCCACAACUUCGACGACCUCCACCGGAGGUUCGUGCACGUGGAGGCGGCCGGCCCUGCGAAAUUCGCCUUCGACUCCAUUGAUCACAAGAAGAGGAAGUGGCAGUUCUUCGACUGCCGUCAUGGCCGCGUCCUCCUCCACGACAACUGGGACACGUUGCUGGUGUGGCAACCCAUGACCGGCGACCACCACCUCGUUUCAUACGAAGGCCCCUUCAGCCUCGGCGGAAGGCAUACUGGUGUUGCACUGACCUGUGAAUGUGCCGCGGACGAUGGUGGCGAUGACCGGGGCACGCCCUGCAACUCCAGCCACUUCCGUCUGGCCGUCGUGUCCAACCACAUGAGAACAGAUUGCUUGCGCGCCAGCGUCUUCUCCUCCAUCACUGGUAAGUGGACCUCAUCACCGGUGCUACCUCUGGCAAAUCAGAUCCGUCCGGAGCCCUGUGUCAUCGUCGGCAGAACCUUAUACCAACCGUUAUUAGACUAUCUCGUACUCGAGUUUGAUACGGACAACCGGACCCUAACCACUUUCGAACGGCCAAACUUCGGCCAUGUCCGACUAUUCAAGGCACACGGCGGCGUGCUUGGCCUUGCCGGGGUGCUGGGUUUCACUUUGCGUGUGUGGGUACGCGACGCGGAUGCUUGGGUGAUGCGCAAGACGGUGGAUCUCAGCAGGAUUCUCCCUAGUCUGUCAACGCCAUCACAGAAUACAGACUAUUGGUUUACCUUGAUGCCGCCGGUGAAGAUCAUCGGGGUUGCCGAUGGGGGCCAUGACCUAUUUUUGUUGACUGCGAUCGGCAUAUUCUUGUUUUGUGUCAACUCGAUGGAGCUCAAGAUGGUGCACGAGGCUAGUCCCAACAUGAAGACCGUCUACCCUUAUGGUGCUUUCUAUGUCCCACCUACUACUCGCACUCCCACCUAA